AUGGUGCACGCGCAUGCACAUCAUGAUCAUAAUGUCGUUCUCGAGCAACGAAACGUCGAAGAACGCGACCUCGAGAAACGUGAACCCCAGGGUCAUGUGGUGACGAUCAUCUAUGUCACGGCGCCUGCCACCUUCGACGGCCCUAUCGGCGGCUAUGUGACAGGCUCGGAUCCAGCAACACAGCAAACUCAGGGUGUUGGCGCUCCUGUUGCACAUACGCGACCUUCGGAAACUACAGAGGAGGAAGCGACAACGACUGCGGACCCAAAGACCAAGCCCACCGUGAAGACACAAGCCAGUGUCACCAAGGAGACCGAACCGACGACCAAGGAAACUGAGUCCAAAACGACUGAUCGUGCCACCAAAGCCACGCACGAGAUCACCACUGACAAGAAUGCAAAAACCACUCCAACCACCUUCUCCACUGCCACAUCGGACUCGACUUCAUCGUUGGCCAUUCCGGGUCUGGAUGACAGCUCUACCACUCGGGGAUCGUCCUCUUCGGGUCAUUCAGCUUCCGCGUCCGCCAGUCCAAUUUCUUCAGGUUCGGAUUCUGGGCUCACAGGUGGCGCGAAGGCGGGAAUCGCCAUCGGAGUCAUUCUGGGUAUCGGAUUGAUCGCAGGCUUCAUCUUCUUCUUCAUGCGCAAGAGGAAGCAAGGGAGACAAAUGGCUGAGGCGGAAGCCACGAACGAGAAGUCAUUUGCCGCUGCAAACAUGCCUCCGCCAGGUCCACCACCGAAACACGAACCCAUGACCCCGUCGGAGCCUCCCCAACUCAAUGUUCGCCCCAUCACUCAGUUUGCUCCCGAUUUGACUCCAACCAGCAGUGGCAUGGCCGGGCUUUCCGCUGCAAACGCCGGUGCUGGUGCUGGUGCCGGUGCCGGUGCCGGUGCUACUCUCGCCGUCGCCGCAGCUGGAUCGCGCAAUCUUACCGGCAAUCCUUCGCCUCCGCAUACUCCCCAAUCGAGUGUGAGUCAAUCCGAUCCUUUCAGUGAUCCUGUCAAUCCAUUCGGUAAUCAGGCCGAAGCACCUUCACCUAUUGCACCAGCGGGUCCCAUCAGUCCUUCCAUCGCCUCUGGUCCGCAAAUCCCCCAGAUUACCAUUGCGCAAGCGCCAAGUGAGCAUGUCGUAGAAUCUGCUGUGGAUUCAGCCGCUACUACCGGUGCUGUCGUGGCUGGUUCUGCUGCUAUUGGUGCCGCCGCCGCUAUCGUUGCCAAAUCCUUGGACGCCAAAGACCUGCCGAACCUCCCAGAGAGCUUAUCCUCACAAGCAUCGUCAGUUCCUGAAGGUUCCACUCAAAGCCCAGUCGGUGCUACCGAUGCGGAUGUGGCAUCUCUUACCUCUGCCGGUGCAGUUGCUGCUGUUCCAGCUUUCGGACCCGGUGGAGCUGGCCCAGCCCCGAUGCCAUCCAAUGUCCAUCGUGUCCAGAUGGAUUUCAAGCCAUCAAUGGAGGAUGAGUUGGAGCUCCACGCCGGUCAACUUAUUCGACUCUUGCAUGAGUAUGACGAUGGCUGGGCCCUUUGCGCCAGACUUGAUCGCUCGCAGCAGGGUGUGGCUCCACGCUCUUGCCUUUCUGCCCGUCCCGUGAAGCCGCGAGCCCGUCCGCCACCAGGACCUGGUGCCGGUCCCGGUCCUGGUCCUGGUUCUCGCGGGCCCCCACCGACCAUGAUGGGACCGAAUGGCCCUCGCGGACCCCCUGGACCCCCUGGACCUCCUGGUCUUGGGCCCAUGGGACCGCCGCCCCCUCGCUUCUAUCCUCAAGAUCUCCGCCCACAAUCGCCAUCUCGUCCAAUGUCACCAGCUCGCCCUCCGCAUGGCGGCCCUCCACCACCACGCCCAUACCCACAGCGCUCUAUGUCGCCAGCUCAGUUUCCACCCGGUCCGCGAUCCUUCUCUCCGGGCCCUGGAGGUCGGCCAAUGCCACCCAGGUCCAUGAGUCCCGGCCCCUAUGGACCUCCCGGGUUACGGAGACCCGAAAUGCCAGCGGCGAACCAGCGGAAACGUAGCAACAGCGCCAGUGGGGCGAUGGGACCAAUCUCCCGAUCAGGAGGAUCACCUGGUCCGAGCCCUCUAGCAGGACCCACGAUGCCACCCCCAUCAGGUGCCCUGCCGGCGAUUCCUACUCCGCCGCUAGUUCCGCCGCCACACACCAUCUCAGACGAUUUCGCGUGA